AUGGCCGACCAGAAGAUCUACCGCGCAAGCACGACCGCUCCAGUGAACAUCGCAGUGAUCAAAUACUGGGGCAAACGCGAUCCCUCCCUCAACCUCCCCACCAAUUCCUCUCUCUCAGUCACCCUCUCCCAAUCCGACCUCCGCACCCACACCACAGCUUCCUGCUCCUCUACCUUUGAGGGUCCAGACACCCUGCUUUUGAACAAUGCCCCUCAAUCUCUUUCCACGGCGCGCUCACUCGCUUGUCUGAAGUCUCUGCGCGCUCUCCGCUCAAAGCUUGAAGAUGCCGAAUCUUCGUUACCAAAAUUAUCGACCUAUCCCCUACGUCUAGUGAGCGUAAACAACUUCCCUACCGCCGCCGGUCUCGCAUCUUCAGCUGCUGGCUUUGCAGCUUUAGUGCGUGCUAUAGCGGACCUAUACGAACUCCAGCAGUCACCUACCGAGCUCUCCCUCAUAGCGCGCCAAGGCAGCGGUUCGGCGUGCAGGAGUCUGUUGGGUGGUUAUGUCGCAUGGGAUCACGGCACACGAGACGAUGGAUUGGACAGCCGUGCUCGGCUUGUCGCGCCAAAAAGCCACUGGUCAGACAUGAAGGCUCUCAUCUUAGUGGUCAGCGCUGCGAAGAAGGGCGUGAGCAGUACAACAGGCAUGCAGACGACCGUGCAGACAUCGAGUCUUUUUCAGACGAGAACGAAGGAAGUGGUGCCGAAAGAGAUGGCAGAGAUGGAGAAAGCGAUUAAAUCAAAGGAUUUCGCGACGUUUGCGAAGGUGACCAUGAGGGAGAGUAACUCCUUUCACGCUACUUGCUUAGACACCGAUCCGCCAAUCUUCUACCUCAACGACGUUAGCCGAGCUGCUAUCAAAGCUGUUGAGGAACUGAAUGAGAAGGCCGGUCGAACGAUAGCGGCGUACACAUUCGAUGCAGGACCGAACGCGGUCAUUUACUAUCUGGAAGCUGAUGAAGAUGCUGUGCUGAAAACCUUUCUGCCGAUUCUCCGGCAAAAAGAAGGCUGGGGGAAAAUGGAUACCAAGAUUGAUGGUCCUGGGCCUGCGAGUCCCCAAGUGGUAGAGGUGUUGGAAGCGGGUGUUAGCAGGGUUAUUUUGACGAGCGUGGGAGAAGGACCGAUCAGUGUGCCGGAGCAUCUGAUUGAUGAUGAGGGAAAGACUGUGGAUACUUGA